UUUUCUCCUCCAUCAGAUGCUCUUAAAAACACAUCUGCACAUGUAAGUCCAUCUGGUUUUGUUCUGGAGGGUCGUUCAGUGACUCUGAGCUGCAGCAGUGAUGCAAACCCACCGGAGCUCAACUACACCUGGUACAGAGACACUGAAGAACACCUGAAACCAGUGCAGACCGGACAGAACCUGACCUUCAGCAACCCCGACCCGACACACAGCGGACGAUACGUCUGUACAGCUCAGAACAAACACGGCGCUCAGAACGCAUCAGUGCUGCUGGACGUCCAGUAUGCUCCUAAAAACACAUCUGCACAUGUAAGUCCAUCUGGUGUUGUUCUGGAGGGUCGUUUAGUGACUCUGAGCUGCAGCAGUGAUGCAAACCCACCGGAGCUCAACUACACCUGGUACAGAGACACUGAAGAACACCUGAAACCAGUGCAGACCGGACAGAACCUGACCAUCAACAACACCGACCCGACACACAGCGGACGAUACGUCUGUACAGCUCAGAACAAACACGGCGCUCAGAACGCAUCAGUGCUGCUGGACGUCCAGUAUGCUCCUAAAAACACAUCUGCACAUGUAAGUCCAUCUGGUUUUGUUCUGGAGGGUCGUUCAGUGACUCUGAGCUGCAGCAGUGAUGCAAACCCACCGGAGCUCAACUACACCUGGUACAGAGACACUGAAGAACACCUGAAACCAGUGCAGACCGGACAGAACCUGACCAUCAACAACACCGACCCGACACACAGCGGACGAUACGUCUGUACAGCUCAGAACAAACACGGCGCUCAGAACGCAUCAGUGCUGCUGGACGUCCAGUAUGCUCCUAAAAACACAUCUGCACAUGUAAGUCCAUCUGGUGUUGUUCUGGAGGGUCGUUCAGUGACUCUGAGCUGCAGCAGUGAUGCAAACCCACCGGAGCUCAACUACACCUGGUACAGAGACACUGAAGAACACCUGAAACCAGUGCAGACCGGACAGAACCUGACCAUCAACAACAUCGACCCGACACACAGCGGACGAUACGUCUGUACAGCUCAGAACAAACACGGCGCUCAGAACGCAUCAGUGCUGCUGGACGUCCAGUAUGCUCCUAAAAACACAUCUGCACAUGUAAGUCCAUCUGGUGUUGUUCUGGAGGGUCGUUCAGUGACUCUGAGCUGCAGCAGUGAUGCAAACCCACCGGAGCUCAACUACACCUGGUACAGAGACACUGAAGAACCCCUGAAACCAGUGCAGACCGGACAGAACCUGACCAUCAACAACACCGACCCGACACACAGCGGACGAUACGUCUGUACAGCUCAGAACAAACACGGCGCUCAGAACGCAUCAGUGCUGCUGGACGUCCAGUAUGCUCCUAAAAACACAUCUGCACAUGUAAGUCCAUCUGGUUUUGUUCUGGAGGGUCGUUCAGUGACUCUGAGCUGCAGCAGUGAUGCAAACCCACCGGAGCUCAACUACACCUGGUACAGAGACACUGAAGAACACCUGAAACCAGUGCAGACCGGACAGAACCUGACCAUCAACAACACUGACCCGACACACAGCGGACGAUACGUCUGUACAGCUCAGAACAAACACGGCGCUCAGAACGCAUCAGUGCUGCUGGACGUCCAGUAUGCUCCUAAAAACACAUCUGCACAUGUAAGUCUAUCUGGUUUUGUUCUGGAGGGUCGUUCAGUGACUCUGAGCUGCAGCAGUGAUGCAAACCCACCGGAGCUCAACUACACCUGGUACAGAGACACUGAAGAACACCUGAAACCAGUGCAGACCGGACAGAACCUGACCAUCAACAACACCGACCCGACACACAGCGGACGAUACGUCUGUACAGCUCAGAACAAACACGGCGCUCAGAACGCAUCAGUGCUGCUGGACGUCCAGUAUGCUCCUAAAAACACAUCUGCACAUGUAAGUCCAUCUGGUUUUGUUCUGGAGGGUCGUUCAGUGACUCUGAGCUGCAGCAGUGAUGCAAACCCACCGGAGCUCAACUACACCUGGUACAGAGACACUGAAGAACACCUGAAACCAGUGCAGACCGGACAGAACCUGACCAUCAACAACACCGACCCGACACACAGCGGACGAUACGUCUGUACAGCUCAGAACAAACACGGCGCUCAGAACGCAUCAGUGCUGCUGGACGUCCAGUAUGCUCCUAAAAACACAUCUGCACAUGUAAGUCCAUCUGGUGUUGUUCUGGAGGGUCGUUCAGUGACUCUGAGCUGCAGCAGUGAUGCAAACCCACCGGAGCUCAACUACACCUGGUACAGAGACACUGAAGAACACCUGAAACCAGUGCAGACCGGACAGAACCUGACCAUCAACAACACCGACCCGACACACAGCGGACGAUACGUCUGUACAGCUCAGAACAAACACGGCGCUCAGAACGCAUCAGUGCUGCUGGACGUCCAGUAUGCCCCAAAAAACACAACCUUGUCAUUGUUUCCCUCCGGCUCUGUGAUGGAGGGCCGUCCAGUGACUCUGACCUGCAGCACUGAUGCAAAACCAGCGGUGCUCAACUUCUCCUGGUACAUAGAGACCGGAUCUCAGUUUAAGCUCAUCCAGACUGUAUUUAAUAAUACCUACGUGGUGUCUAACCCUACAAAUGUAGCACGGUAUCGCUGUACAGCUCAAAACCAGCAUGGCCAACACAACACAACAAUUCAACUAGAUCCUCAGUUUGCGCCCAAAAUCUCCAGCUCUUGUAACCUGAGCAGCGUAAUCACAUGUGUCUGUGAGGCUCAUGGGAAUCCCUCGCCUACACUAGAGUGGCGUCUAUCUGGAAAUGUUCUCGCUAACUCUACAAACACGUCCAUCAGCAGCGAAACUCCAGGAAACACAACCUUGAAGAGUGUCCUAAUCAUCCAUCAGCCCCUCACAGAAACGGCCGUCCUGCAGUGUUUCAGUGAAAACACUCACGGCACCGCCAGUGCCAGCACCAGAACCAGCCAACAGAUUCACCUCGUCACACCAACGGCAAAGACAGAGACAGGUUUCCAUCAUCCAUCUAUGCUGCUCGGAGCUGCUGUCGGCGCGUUAGCAAUGAUGCUCUUGUGCAUCAUGAAGAUCUGCUAUGAACGAGGAAAGAAUCCCAAAGCUUCAGUAACCAGACAAGACGACAGAUCUGGACUCAUUCUGACUCAAAUAGCCACUGCUUCUGAUGGUGACGACGAGUGUGUUUACGCCGUUACACAUAAACCACCAGAAUCUCCUCAUUAUUCCUCCAUCGACUUCACGAACGCAGAGCCGUCGUCAGGAGAGAUCAGGGGCGUCUCCUCACUGACUGAUGAAUAUGCUGUGGUCCGUCAUCGUUCUGCAAAAGACGCAGCAUCUGUGACGGACCCCAAGAAAGACCAAAGCCCACCAGAUAGUGGGGCGAAGAUCACUGAUGUGACAUCAGAAGACUCGAUUUAUGAAAACAUGACCCGUCGCUUGGUUGUUUAAAGACAGGAACAGUUGCAUUGUGCCCGAAUCAAAUACUUCCCUGCUAUAUAGUAUGCAAAAAACAGUACACCAAUACAGCAGUAUGUCAGAAAAUACAAAGUAUUAGAAAAAACAAGUACCCGGAUGACCUACUGCUUCUGAAGUGCACAUUCGAGGCGCCUGUUGCAAAGCAUUUGUUCUUUGUGUCAGUAUGUCAUAAAUAGACCGAGGCAUCAGUUUACUGUUGGAGAUAUGUCGCUUGCGUCUUGCCGUAUCUAGUGUAGACAAUAUCGCUGAUUAUAAUGGGUUCUAUUGUCUUUUGUCACAUCGUGCCGCUUGCGUCUUUUGUAGACACGGUGUAAGGAUGAUAACUAUAACGAUAACCAUAAAGAUACAAAAGAUAAAAAAAGAAAUCUUCCUAAAUUGUAAAGCAAUAGCAGAGUCCACGCCACAACUAUAAUGUUGUAAAUGCCCUUUUUUGAGUGCAUGUCUCUUUAAAUGCAAAUGAGCUGCUGCUCCCCACCCCACUUUCCAGAAGAGGGCGGAGCCUGUACAACUCAGAUGCUCUGCCAAAAAUUAAACAAAACAUCAAUUUGGUUUUAUCAUCAUCUUUAUCAAGGCCACACUCACGUGACAAUGCAGUUCUUCGUCAUCAUGAAAAUUAUUAUUUGCAUGCGUUUUAAAGCCAUAACAUUUUAAACUUCUGAUAUUUGUUUUUUCUGAGCUCAUCCCAAGCACGGGCACAGAAAGCUGGCCGUCAGACGGUGCGUCACGUGAGUAUUAAACUCAUUUCUCUUUCACGUCUUAUUGCACUUAAACUGUCAAAUACACACAAGUUUAAGUCAAAAACACACAAACACAGUCUGUGAACGUAAACAGCAGGAAAGAAAUCACAUGUGUGUAUUAGAUCU